GUUCAGCACAAGCGAUGGGAAAAAAAAAGAUUCAGUCCUGCUGCUGUCGUCUAUAAACUUACCUGGUGGGGAACUGAGAAGGAGAUCAAUAGAAGAUGAGCUUGCAAUGAGGGACUGUCUGCAGGAAGGGGACCUCAUCAGUGCAGAGGUGCAGUCUGUAUUUGCUGAUGGGGCAUUAUCGCUGCACACCCGGAGUCUGAAAUACGGGAAGCUUUCCCAGGGUGUGCUCGUUCAGGUCUCUCCGUCUCUUGUGAAACGCCAGAAGACUCACUUCCAUGACCUGCCCUGUGGUGCAUCUGUGAUCCUCGGCAACAACGGUUACAUCUGGAUCUAUCCAACUUCAGAGCAGAGAGAUGAAGAGACGGGGGGCUUCACCACCAACUUGGAGCCUGUUUCCAUGUCUGACCGGGAGGUGAUCUCACGGGUCCGAAACUGCAUUGUAGCUCUGGUUACUCAUAAGUUGAUGCUCUUUGACACCAGCGUCCUAUAUUGCUAUGAAGCAUCCCUUCCUCAUCAGAUCAAGGACAUUCUCAAACCGGAGGUGAUGGAGGAGAUCGUUCUGGAGACCCAACACAGGUUGCUGGAUCUGGAGGGAUAGGGCACAUGGCCAGAAGCAGUCAUUUGAAGUCCC